AGCGGGGCGGGCCGGGUGCCUCCCUACGGCUCAGGGAAGGCCCCGCCGCCGUCACCGCCGCACACACCUGCACAGGGCGGCCGCGCUCGCCUCGGCCCCGCUCGCCGCUGCCGCCAUGCAGGAGACUAACGCCUUCUUGCUGUCGGCCCUGCAGCCCGAGGCCGGCGUCUGCUCGCUGGCUCUGCCCUCGGACCGCCAGCUGGACGGUCGCGGCCGAGAGGCGGCCGAGGCCCAGCGGCUGCGCAGCGCUCGCGUCCAGGAGCAGGUCCGCAUCCGGAUGAUGCUGCGGGGGCAGGCGGCCGCCCCACGCCCCGAGUCUGCUGCACUUGACCCGCUGGACGGCAGAGGCGGCCCGUAUGGCACGACCGUGCGCUCCUCCUUUAGCUCCCGCUCCCAGACCAAUGGCUUGGACUCCAAAGGCUCGCUGUACCAAUCCAUGGGCAAAAAAGAUUUUGGCACGCUCAAGGGCAGCAGCUGGUCCUCGCGGUCGGCUGUGGACCUCACGCCACACAAGCGCAUGGCAACCAUCAGCAACGGGGGCAUGCCGAAGGGCCGGAGCUACGGCGUGGGCUACGCCGUGUCGCAGGCUGCCAACACCUCCCCACGGCCCAGCUCCUUCCACGAGCGCAACUACCGGGCCCGGCAGAGCUUUGACACGCUGUCACUGCGCUCCCUGCGGCUGGCUGACGGACCGCUGCCUCCCAGCGCCACAGAUGACCGCUACAGCAUCAUCUCGGAGCAGCUGGACCCCAUGGGGCACCGGUCCCUCUACAAAAGCCAAGGCAACGGUGGCUUCAGCCGCUCGUACACCUUCGAGAGGCAGAUGAGCACUGGUUCCAAUGCAAAGAGCUCCGACUGGUUGGAUGGUGGAGAGGUGCCCCAGAGCCGCACCAUUCGGGCGCCAGCCAUGCGCACGCUCCAGCGCUUCCAGAGCAACAACCGCUCACGGCUGAGCACCAGCUCCUUUGGCAGCAUCCAGCCAUCCUCGCAGGCGGCCGUAGGGAGCUCCUACAUGGGCAUGGUGGAGCACAGCUCCCGUGCGCCCUCCGUGCGCAGCCUGGCGGAGUCCAGCCACCACCUGCAGGACCAGCGCGCCAUGGAUAUGUACAACGGGCACAGCACGCUGCUCACCCAGCAGUCAGGAGGGUUUGAUGACAUCGACCUGCCCUCAGCGGUGAAGUACCUGAUAGCCAGUGACCCCAACCUGCAAGUCCUGGGCGCUGCCUACCUCCAGCACAAAUGCUACAGUGACAGUAAUGCCAAGAAGCAGGCCCGCAGCCUCCAGGCCAUGCCCAAGCUGGUGAAGCUCUUUAACAGCCCCAACCAGGAGGUGCAGCGCCAUGCAACAGGUGCCAUGCGCAACCUCAUCUACGACAAUGCUGAGAACAAGCUGGCACUGGUGGAGGAGAACGGCAUCUAUGAGCUCAUGAGGACGCUGCGGGAGCCUGAUGAUGAGCUCCGCAAGAAUGUCACAGGGAUCCUAUGGAAUCUCUCCUCCAGUGAUAACCUGAAGGAUCGCUUGGCUCGAGACACACUGGAGCAGCUCACGGACCUGGUCCUGGUCCCCCUCUCUGGGCUGGGUGGCUCAGGUGUCAUCCAGCAGAACCCCUCUGAGGCAGAGAUCUUCUACAACUCCACGGGCUUCCUCAGGAAUCUGAGCUCUGCAAGCCAGCAAACCCGACAGAAGAUGCGUGAGUGCCACGGGCUGGUGGACGCCAUGAUCCACUAUGUGAACAGCUCCCUAGAAGUGGGGAAGUCAGAGGACAAGAGCGUGGAGAAUGCUGUCUGCGUCCUGCGCAACCUCUCCUACCGCCUCUAUGACGAAAUGCCCCCCUCCUCCCUCCAGCGUCUGGAAGGCCACCGCAGGAACAACGGUGGCACCGUGACAGGGGAACUGGUGGGCUGCUUCAGCCCCCAGAGCAAGAAAGCUCGAGAGCACUAUCUGAAUGCAGACAUCGUCACUUUCACGGAGGUGUCCAAGGACCCCAAGGGGAUGGAGUGGCUCUGGAACCCGCAGAUUGUGGGCAUCUACAACCGGCUGCUGCAGCGCUGCGAGCUCAACAAGCACACAACCGAGGCAGCCUCGGGGGCCCUGCAGAACAUCACUGCUGGGGACCGCAGGUGGGCAGGCGUGCUGAGCCGGCUGGCCUUGGAGCAGGAACGCAUCCUGAACCCCGUGCUGGACCGUGUCCGCACCGCUGACCACCACCAGCUGCGCUCCCUGACGGGGCUCAUCCGCAACCUGUCCCGCCAUGCGCGCAACAAGGACGAGAUGUCCACCAAAGUGGUCAGCCACUUGAUUGAGAAGCUGCCGGGGAGCGUCGGGGACAAGGCACCGCCUGCUGAUGUUAUCGUGAACAUCAUUGCGGUGCUCAACAACCUGGUGGUGGAGAGCCCCAUGGCUGCUCGCGACAUCGUCUACUUUGAUGGCCUCAGGAAGCUCUUCUAUGUCAAGAAGAGGAGGGACAGCCCAGACAAUGAGAAGUCCUCCAGGGCAGCAGCCAGCCUCCUGGGCAACAUGUGGCAAUACACCAAACUCCACCGGGACUUCAAGGUGAAGGGGUACCGGAAGGAGGACUUCCUCAGCCUCUAAGAACAGCCACAGGGAGAAGGGACUGCACAGCCCUCAGUCUCCCCUCCGGGACGCGCCUUGCUGCCUCCUGUGACCCCGGAGUAGCCGCUCACCGCAGGACUCCCGCUCUGUAGCGUAGUCCCCACUGCUCCUCAUGUCCCUUGCGCCUACCCGCUGCUGCUGGGCACCCCAUCUCUGGGCUGGGGAUGAAGGGGCUGAAAAUGUCCUCCCCUCCCCCCCCAUUUUUGCACCACUUCAAGCUUGGCAGAGGGGCAGGAAGCUCUGGGGAGGCUUUUUGGGGGUGUCCGUAUCCCAGCUGCCCCCCACUAAUUAGGGCUGAGCUCCCAGAAUCUCAGUGUGCUGGGCUGUGCCCUUGCAUGGGGGCGGGGCUUUGUAUAGCACAGGGUGGCCUGGGGGCAUCCGGGGUGGCCACUGGUGUCUCCCCAAAGUUUUAAGGGGCUGCACCUUGGCUGCAAGGAGCCAGAAGCAGCAUCAGUGUCCACUUAGCAGCAAGGACCCCAUAGCUGCUCUGUUAAGGACCUGGGGCUGUUCCGGGCCGGUGCUGUGUAAGCAAGAUCCAGGCAGGGCCAGCUAGCUUGUGUUUGCUGGGUGGCGUCUCCCCGCGGGGUGGGGAGAUGCCCUCGGUGCCCAGUGCAGGUGGGGCCAGUGCGAGUUCAAAGCUCACCCAGCAGAGGCAGAGGGUUGGGGUGUGCGGGGGAGGCUGUGGGUCGCUUGGGUCUGCCGGUGGGGUUUGGGACUGGGGACGGAGACCCUGCGCUUGGGGUGUGCCCCAUCUGGGAAAUGGGGUAGAGUAGGUACAGGGGCUGGGAAGUCAGCAGAGGGGGGGGUUGGGAGGGGGGGAGAGCGAGCAGUGCGGCCAUGAGGGCCCCCCCCCCCACAUACUGGAUGUGGGGACCCGCUGGGGAUCGGGCAGUGCAUCUGUCCCACCAGCUCUCCAUGUAGAGGCUGUGCACUGUGUAUCCCCAAAAUAAAGACCUUGAACAAUG